CAGGAGAAUACAACACUUUCUCUUCUAGGUUUCCUCGUCACCUUAACCCGUUGCACCGCCUUCUCCUCCUUGCAGCCAGCCCCAGCCUUCCAUCAAUGGAAUGAGCGCGGAGGAGCGUGACCGACUGCGCUCCCUCUUUCACGCCUACGACGUGGACAACUCGGGCCGCAUCGAGAGGAACGAGUUUCUCACCAUCUGUGGGGAGCUGCAGGUGUCCGCCGCCGAGGCCGACCGCAUCUUCGACAAGCUGGACGUGGACAACGACGGCACCGUCACCCUGCAGGAGUUCAUCAGCGGCUUCCACGACCGCUACGGGGAAGACAUGGAGUCGGACGGAGGGGACGUGUCCGUCGCCUGGGAGCACUUCGAGGAGAGGCUGGGCGAGCAGGCCAAGUUCAUCCCCAGACAUGAACAAGCAGCGACGUUGUACCAGAACAUCAGUCUGACGGAGCCGAGACUGAUUCCUCAGUUUGAGACAGUCAUCCUGAACUUCACCAAAGAGAUCAGACAGCAAAACUCAGAGAUGGAGAAUCUGGCCCUCGCCAUCAAACGAGCGCAGGACCAGGCGUCGAUGCAGCUCAGUGAGAUGGAGGAUGAGAUGGACCAACGCAUUUCCGCUGUGGAGAGAAAAACACGGGAGCAGGAGAAGAAGCGAGGAGAGAACGAACUGAACGAGUUACGGAGAGGUUUCGAGACGGAAGUGUGUGAGCUGCAGUGUAAGAUCCAGAGGAUGCAGAUGAUCGAAGAGAAGUACAAGACCAUCACUGUGAAAGACGAGAGUCCGGCUUUGAAGAAGAAGAUCAACGAGCUGACACUGGAGAACCAGCGUUUAAAGCAGGACCUGAUGAAAUCUCAGACCAAAGUGGCCUGUCUCCACAGUGAGAUGGACUCGCUGAAGACAGAGAUAACCGAUCAAAGCAUCAACUCUGAACGGGACGAGGAGUUCAUGAAACAAUUCGCUGAUGAGCGCGACAUCCUGGAGAAUCAGAUCGAGAUUCUGCAGAUAGCCAACAGGAAGCUCCAUGAUAGUAACGAUGGCCUGAGAACAGCUCUGGAGAGGACAUCAAGGUCUGGUACCGUCGGCUCACCUGCAGAGAUGAAGAACAGAAGCAGAAGUAAAAGCAUCUGCUACACAUCCCCUUAUGCGUUAAUGGACAGGUUCUGUCAGCGUGUGGACGACUACCCUCUGUACAACCGCCGGCCCAGCUGUGACACGCUGGCCUUGGCCAUGUGCGACCCAGGCCUGAAGCGCAGGGACAGCAGUGAGUGCGAGGAGGACAGCCUGCCCGAGGUCUACAUGGACAGCGGCCUGUCGACGCUCAGAGGCUCACACGGAGGCUACGACUCUGAGCAGGAGGUCAAAUGUCAAGAGGAGGACGAGGAGGAGGAGGAGGAAAAGAAGGUGGAGGACAACAACAAUGACAGCAUGAUGGGAGAAACUUCUGACACUGAGCCUGCAGAGAUACAAGACAGUGAAUCUGCAUUUGGGUCGGACAGCAGCUCAGUGUUGGACUGGAAGCUGCCUGAACCCGCUAGUGUCGCUGAUACCCCGGCACCGACAACACGGAAAGCCCUCACCGCCAUCAGUGUUCAGAAGGACCGGGGCAGCGUUGACCAGGGCUGCGUGACCUCAGAGAAAGCCUUCAGGAUCGUGUUGGCCGGAGACGCUGCUGUGGGAAAGUCCAGCUUCCUGCUGCGUAUCUGCAAGAACGAAUUCAAAAUAAACUCCAACGCAACUUUGGGAGUGGAUUUUCAAAUCAAGACACUAAUUGUAGAUGGAGAGCCUGUUUUACUACAGCUAUGGGACACUGCAGGACAGGAAAGGUUUCGCAGUAUUGCAAAGUCUUAUUUCCGGCGGGCGGACGGCGUGUUGCUGCUGUACGACAUCUCCUGUGAAAAGAGCUUCCUGAAUGUGAGAGAGUGGGUGGACAUGAUCGAGCAGGACGUGUCUCUGGAGGAUAUUCCCAUCAUGCUCGUGGGUAAUAAGUGUGAUCUCAGACAAUAUGAAGUUAACUGUGUUCCCACCAGCUAUGGAGAAAAGCUGGCCAUGACAUACAACACUCUGUUCUGUGAAACUAGCGCCAAAGAUGGCUCCAACAUCCUCGAGGCCGUGCUGCAUCUGGCCAGGCAGGUAAAAGAACAGGCUGCCUUGAAUAAUAAGAGUCACUAUCAGUCGCUGCCCAGUCUGGACGCUCCCCGGAAGAAACCAAACUUCUCGUGUUGCACCUGAUCAGACUCCUCAUUUCUGGACCUGCACAUCUGACUUAAUGUGAACUCAAGAAGGAAAACAAAUGCAGAAACCUGACAAAACCGGAAUGAGAUCCCUGCAACAGGAACAAAUCAUCACCCUCAAUAACCACAACUGCUUAAUGUUACAAUGGAUCAAGUGAACUAAGAGGAUCACAGCAGAAUAUCCGCAACGUCACAUUCAUUUUAGAUGUUUUCUUCUGUUAUUUAGGUUUAUUUAAAAAUAACAUACUGAGUUUGUUUCAGCCACAGCAUGAAUUCUCAUCUGUUCCAUAUUUUACCAUGUAAUGUUGGUUAUUAUUAUGCUGUCACACUUUUUUGCACAAUUUCUUCCCUCCUGUGUGAAAUGGUUUGUGCAGUCAGCUCUGCCUGGUUCUGGCAUGUUGUGAAAAUAAUCCCUGCAGAUCAUGAGACGAGAAAGAGGCCUGUGAAAGUGAAGUCAUAAGUGUUGCUCCUUUGGUUGCGAGGGUUUUCCUGUGGGGACGCUGGUUUCCUCCCACGGGCUGAAGACGUGUAGGUUCAAUUAACUUGCGACUCUAAAUCGAAUGUGAAUGUGAAUGACUGUCGACAUGGAGACACAGAAAAUAGUGUGAAGAACCUAAAGCAACACUAUGCAACUUUAUUUUAACUUUAAAAUAGCAUCUUUAAAACUGACAGAUUUGUAACAGUGUAUUUUAGUUUAAUCAAAUUUUAUUUCUAUGGCCUCAUAGUGUCUGAUAAUCUAAAUCCUCUGCACUUAAACCUAGAUUGAGGAAAAACUACCAAAAACACAAAGACACCUCAGGUCGCAUGUGAGGGAUCCCUCUCCUGGGACGGACAGCAGUGCAAUAGAUCAACAAAAUAACACUUUAACAACAUUCAUGAGAAAUGACAGUGUAGAUGGAAAUGUGUAUCAAUGUGGAUGUGUAUCAAGAUUUUAUGCAAAAAGAAAAAUGACAAGUAAAAACUUCCCUGAACAGACCUUUUUAAAUGUGACUGUACUAUUACGUAGUGUAGUGACGGGGGCGACGCAGUCCGAACUCCACAUGAAAACCACUUCAUCCUCAUCAUGAGUGGCUGCAGAGGGCGCUGUUGCUCAGUUAAAGUUACAUGGUGUUGCUUUAAAGACAUAAAUGCUCAGCCUCUUGACUGUGUAAGAUGCAGUGUGUGACCGUAUGAGACUUCAUGUUAAUGUGCCGACCCAUUCUUUUUUAUUAUAUUACCCACAGUGUUAUAUUUCUUUCUUUUGACCUCCUGCUGAGGAUGAUGCUGUGUUACAGAUUUUAUAUUUUUGAAGCUGAACAUAUCGCACAUCAUUUUCAAUUUGCAUGAAUGCUAAAAAUAUAUGCCGUCAUUUUAUCAGUAAAUCAUCUGGAAUGAGUUAGAAUUAAAUAGGUAAGCGUAAAUGUAGGAUUGCAGAGCCCUUAUUUUUAUCCUUCUGAUACACUAGAUGUUUGUAAUUCUGUUUAAAUGUGAGCACAUGACCUUGGUAAAGUGUCGCUACUGAUGUGAUAGAGUGUCUUAUUAUUUUCCUUGAUAAUAAAAAUAACGCCACAUUAUCAGGCUGCUGAAU